CGCCGCCCGCCGCUCCGCCCGCCGCGCCGCGGGCCCAGGUUUGAAAAUGGAAAAUUUUGAUGCGUCACUGAGCACCUAUUUCAGGGCAUGGCUGGGUCCCCGAGACACCAGAGUGAAAGGCUGGUUCCUUCUGGACAACUACAUCCCCACGCUCGUCUGCUCUGUCAUUUACUUACUGAUGGUGUGGCUGGGACCAAAGUACAUGAGGGACCGGCAGCCCUUCUCCUGCCGUGGCGUCCUGGUGCUGUACAACCUGGGCCUCACCCUGCUGUCUCUCUACAUGUUCUACGAGUUAGUGACAGGAGUGUGGGAAGGAAGAUACAACUUCUUCUGCCAAGGCACCCGCAGUGCCGGUGAAUCCGACAUGAAGAUCAUCCGUGUGCUCUGGUGGUACUACUUCUCCAAGCUCAUAGAAUUCAUGGACACCUUCUUCUUCAUCCUGCGCAAGAACAACCACCAGAUCACCGUGCUGCACGUCUACCACCACGCCUCCAUGCUCAACAUCUGGUGGUUCGUGAUGAACUGGGUCCCCUGUGGUCACUCUUACUUCGGUGCCACGCUUAACAGCUUCAUCCACGUGCUCAUGUACUCGUACUACGGCCUGUCCUCCGUGCCCUCCAUGCGCCCUUACCUCUGGUGGAAGAAGUACAUCACGCAGGGGCAGCUGGUGCAGUUUGUGCUGACCAUCAUCCAGACGAGCUGCGGGGUGCUGUGGCGGUGCUCCUUCCCGCUUGGCUGGCUCUACUUCCAGAUCGGGUACAUGAUCUCCCUGAUUGCGCUCUUCACCAACUUCUACAUCCAGACUUACAACAAGAAGGGGGCCUCUCGGAGGAAAGACUACCUGAAAGACCACCAGAACGGGUCCGUGACUGCUGUGAACGGGCACGCCAGCAGCUUCUCCCCCCUAGACAGCAGUGCCAAGCCCCGGAAGCUGCGGAAGGAUUGAAGCGGCCACGCCCACAGCCAGACACACGUGUGACUGUAAGCACAGUAGAGUCGCGCCCUGACACCCGCUGACAGCGACAGCCACUGCGACUUGGGCCUGCAGUAGUCGAUUCGUGUAGGACCUUUUUCAUCCAUUCCAAACCCCUAGAGUUCCUCUGCAGAUUACACAAGUAGGCAUCAGAUCCCGCACAUUUCCAGGACCUCACUGACCCCGCCCGCCCGCCCGCACUAGACUGUGGAAGGGAAUUACUGUAGUGUAUGACACUGCUGUUGCCUUAUUAGUUAUAACAUGAUAGGUGCUGAAUUGUGGUUCACAAUUUAAAAACACUGUAAUCCAAACUUUUUUUUUUAAACUGUUGAUCAUGCAUGUGAUUGUAAAUGUAAAUUUGUAUAAUGUCCUUACAGUAGAGAAACACACAUGCCUUACAAUUUAAAAAGCAGGGCCCAAAGCUUACUAGUUCCAAUUAGGAUAGGUUUCAAGUUUGUAUUCAUUUGUAAUAGCUCUGUUCAGAAAAAAAGAAAUCACAGACCGUGACGGUAGGAAGCCGGUGUGCGCCAGUAACUCUGGUUUCUUGUGGAUGUGUCAGCAGGAACGGCGCCUUCAGUUUUGUGAUCCGAGCUUUCAGUCAAGCAGGCUCAACCUUGGUGGAACAGUUGGUUUAACUUUUUAACAGAUGUUAUUUUUUUAUUUUGAGUGCCACUAUUGAUAAUGCAAGAGAGCGGGGAAGGGCGCUGCGGAGCCGUCUCGAUGAACCUUAAAUAUAGAGUCUUUGUCCUCAAGAUCCUAGAACGCGUGUAGGGCAAGCAGGCCAUUUUUAAUUUCUGAAGCACUGAGUGUUUUUAAUGCAGGGAACAAAAAUCCACGUUUGCUUUGCGGUGCGGGAGAGGAGGUGACCUUCCCAGGACCAGGGCGCAUUUCUGGUUUGGCAGACGCCGCAGGUGAGCGGAGGGAGCUUGAAGGCCAGACUCCACAUCUGCAAUCGUGUCUGUACCGGUCUGACCCAGACUGCCUUUGCAAUGUGCCUGGUCCCCUAAAAAUUGAUUAAUAAGGGAGGGAAAAGAACCUUUAAAAACAUGGGGUCAAAUUAAGCAGAUAGGAGCAGCAUACGCACAGCUGAUUGGACAGCAAUUUCUCGUUGAGCAUAAAUCUGCCAUCUCCACCACUUCUUCCGCUUACGAUCUGAAGAUUCGUGGGACCACUUGUUCAAACAUUGUGACCGCUGGUCAUAAAGACCAUUGUGUGCGCUGUUAACGUGCUGACCGCCCUGUCCCUUCUGCAUUGGAAACAGCUCAUUGAACCACUUGCGACGCAUAGAGAUGGUCAUUGACAACAUAUAAACUAACUGUGGGUUUGAUGUUGAUGUAACUGUGAGUUUACGUGCUUUCAUUUUGCACAUUGCUGCCCGGGGAGCUGCGGCUCGGUGAGUGUGAGGUUUUCUGCGGGAGGGGUCGGGCGUCUGCUUCCAUCUGCCAGAGCGCGUCCCGUUGUCCAGUUGUGAGUGUGGCUUCAGUCGUGGGCACUCAGCUUGAGAUGUCUUUGCCCCGGUGCAGGGACUCCAACGCCCACUGGUGUGCUGCGAAGUGUGCUAGCUCGUCUGGAGACACACACUGUUACGUGAUGUCUGAACGUUAAUCAUUAAAACACUUUUGAUUACCA